UCGCGAAACCCGGAGGAGGCCCUGGGUGGACUUCCGGUGUCGGGAUCGAAGCUCGGGAUUUGUGAAGAGGGACCCCCCAGCGGCGGCGCAGGCCGGCGGGCGGGCGGGCGGCGGACCGAGGCCGGGGGUGGCGGGCCGGAGCGGGGGACGCGCGCGGCGGGCCAGGUUCGGGCCGCGCCCGCCCGGUGGCCGCCGCCAUGGAUCGGUUCCUGGUGCUGCUGCACUCGGUGUCCACCGGCCUGACGAGCGGCGAGCUGACCGAGCUCAAGUUCCUGUGCCAAGGCCGCAUCAGCAAGAGGAAGCUGGAGCGCGUGCAGAGCGGCGUGGACCUCUUCUCCGUGCUGCUCGAGCAGAACGAGCUGGACGGCGAGCACACCGAGCUGCUGCGCGAGCUGCUCGUGCCCCUGCGGCGCCAAGACCUGCUGCGGCUCCUGGACGACUACGAGGCGGGCGCGGCGGAGCGGGCGGCGCCUGAGGAGCAAGACCUUUAUGCAGCAUUUGACAUCAUAUGCGAUCACGUGGGGAAGGACUGGAGAAGGCUGGCUCGUCAGCUUAAAGUGUCUGACAGCAAGAUCGAUGCCAUCGAGGUGAAGUAUCCCCGGAACCUGACAGAGCAGGUGAGGGAGUCGCUGAGAGUCUGGAAGAGCAGCGCACGGGAGCGAGCGGCCGUGCCCCGCCUUGUGGAGGCGCUCAGGGCCUGCCGGCUCAACCUGGUGGCAGACCUCAUCGAGGAGCGCCAGCAGGCCCGGGACCUCCAGCGCGAGAACGAGAGCGGAAGCAGCGCUGUGUCCCUCAUGUCAUGGGACGUGGACGCACCCAGCACGAGAGCCUCCUCCUGACCCCGCGGCUCUUCUCCAGGGACCCCUCCCCCGAGCUUGACCAGGGCUUCCGUGCGCCUGCGCUGUGACGACCUCACAGUGAGCCAGGACAAGCGACCUCAGCGCUCACUCGCACAGCCACAGGCAUCUCGGCCAGAGCGCUGACUUAGCACACACUGUGUGCCAGGUGGAGCUUCGGGCCUGGUACCCAUACGUCCAUUCAUUCUUCUUGAUCACCCUGUGAAAGGGAGUCUGGCCUCCAUUAAGUGAGUUCCUACAGAGGGAUUUUGGAACCAUCUCCAGCACAUAAAAGGAAUCUAGCCCUGGUUGAUACCUCACGAUUCUCAGGGGAGGGAGGGAGCUCAGAGUUAAGGCACUGGAGGGAACUGGGGUUGGUGCCAGCAGAGCUGGGACUGGAGGCAGUGCGCCAGCUCAGAGCCCACUCUGCUCGUGAGGCUGUCCGUGCGGACCGAGUGCUAGGGCAGCGCGUGGGCGAGACGCACCCCUGCUCCAGGCCCUGCCCCUGCCCCUGAGGGAGCUGCCGCCUCUGAGGUGGUGCCUGUUCGGGGCUCAGAAGUGAAGGGAUCUCACAGUCAGCUCGGCACUCAGUCCUUAGAAGCACUGUGAUUCCUGUGAACCCAGUUACUAUUGUAUCAAAAUCACGCUCCUUCUGGUAACAGAAUUGGCAAGGGACUGGGAUCUGUAAUUUUAAAAAGCAGUCUUCCUGUUUCUACAGUAAUCGUACUAAGCAAAUGCCUUUAUAGCAAAAAUCUCCCUAUUACAGAUAAUUUUCCAUUUCUAUCGAUUUUAUAUCACAUAUUCUCAAGAGUCCCGUCUCAGCCGAUCAUGGUCUCCCUUGCAGCCCAUCCUGGGCUCAGCCUGUGAGUGGCCGCAUUUCCUCACAGUUGCCCCACCUCUGAAUAGGGGAGCGUUACCCUCAGGAAACCGGGGUCUGGAGGGCAGCGUUCGCUGCUUGGGCCCUGCCUACCUCCAGGAGGCACCCGGGAGCCAAGUGGUGUCCCUAGUCUGGGCCUUCCAGCUGCCACCUGGGAACAGCCACAUGUGAUGGGAUGUCAUGCGUGUGCCUCCCCCUGAGGACCUAGCCAUGCCCCCACUCAGUGUGGACCAGCCCUUGAGCCCCUACACCUUCAGCAGAUACUUCCUGUGCCAGGAGCUGGGGCACAGCAGCACACAGGACAGCAUGGCCCUACUCCGUUCACCCCAAAAGCCUGCCCAUCACAGGUCUGGGUGCUGCCAAGGAGCUGAGCUGGUUUCUGUCCCAUACGGUGUGGUCCGGCCCCGUGUUAACGCUACACACCCCCACCCACCAGCAGCACCCUCUUCAAGCCCCAGGCCAGCUCAGUUCUGUGGACAGCAGAAGUCAUCACCAUCAGCAAAUGUGAGUGGCUUCCCGAAUGAGUAGCUUAGGGAAUUGAGUUUUCUGGGCAGUGUGUCCAUAUUUCUUGCCCAGAGAUAGGUUUUAGAGGUUCUGCCAUUCCUAUGGUUUGUGGUGUCCACUGCUGAAAUGGGGACGUGUGGAGCAACUGGCAGCAUCCUCCCUCUCCCACGUCCUACCUCUCCCACUUGCUAUAAGAACCCCAGCCCUCCCAUCAUGCCAGGUGCUCCAAUAGAGGCUUUGAUGGGCGUGGUUGCUGUACCCGAAAUUUCCCAUUGCCCAGUAGAGAGACACGGGCUCAGUCCUCAGCUCUGCUGCCAGCAGCCCAUCACCCAAUGCCAGUGCAGUGAGGCACUGACAUCCCAGGACUCCUGUCCCUGUGGUGAGGGAGGAGCCCUAGCCUUGGGGCAGCCUCACCUCAUCCUCUGCGUGAUCUAAUCUCAAACAAAGCUUGGGUCUUGAGUUGUAAAACUCGGCAAAGGUGAUGGGUGACAAAAUGCCUCCAACUGAUGCUACUGGGCCCAGGGGGUCCUAGCCCUGGGCUGCUGUGUGCCACCAGGUCAGAGCCGGAGGGUGGGGUGAAGAUGAGGCUUCGAGCCAGAUAGAAGCGUGCACGUGGUUGGGAGGCUUCCAAGGGACUGCCACCGAGCCUGGCGUGAGACUCGGUCGAACAGGACACACAGCCUGUCCUUGAGAAGCACAGUGUCCCCAGUUUUGUAAAACAAGGAAACAUAAACCAUACACACAGCUUGUACAAAGCACAGGUGGGCACAGAGUGAAAUGCACACAGCAAGCAUCUGAGAACGGUUAUUUGCUGAUGACAGGGUUACUGUACUUGUGUUUUCUGCAUUUUCUUUGAUGUGUGGAGUAACCUGGACUAUUUGGUGGGGUGUUCUGCCCCUGGAGAGCAUGUGGCUCGAGUCUGACACGGGUGGCGAUGGCUGCUUCCGCGGAACGUUCUGGGCCUUCCCAUAGCCUCUCCUGGGACAGACAGGGUUGAUGUCUGAUCAGAGCCAUGGCCUUGACAGGGUCAAUUCCACCACCCAAAGGAGGGAGCUGCUACAAUUUUUGGACAAGGAGUUCUCAUAGCAACCCAUGUGCCUUAUUUUUUGCAAUCAUGACAUCGUAUGUUUCUAAUAAAGGUGUGUAGACAAGUCAACUCGAAAGCUGAAGUUAAGGGCAUGUUUUGCUCUCCACCCUUUUCCCCUGAAAAAGAGAGGCCUGUGUGUUUCCCAGAUUUCAGGCCAAUCAAGGGGAACUGGAUCAAGCGUCUCCUGGAACAAAGGGUCAACGCCUGGCCUGCCCACCCCUCCUGAGUGCUCUGACUUCACACCCUCUCACCCCUUCACACCCUCUCACCCCUUCACACCACAGCCAGUCCUGCCCUGGACACACACAGGGCUCUCUCUGUCAGUCACCCCGCCUCCAGGGUCACCAGCCACUGGUGGGAGGCCCUCGUUCAUCCUGUUUCCUUCCCACUCACUGGCCUCCGUCCUCACUGCAUCUUCCCAGCACUUGCUGAGGUUGCAGGUUGCAAACUCAUAUACCUGUUCAGUCUCGCUCAGUCCAGGCACUGACUUCUCUUGACCAUUCCCCAUGAAAUGCUCCUGGUUUCCUCUCACUGCUGCCCACUCCUGCACACCCUCUCCCAGCACCAGUUUACAGCCUUGGCCCCACCUGUCCCAGCUCUCUGGUUCCUCCCAGGUCUUUUCCUAAAACACCAAACCCAUACUGUUGGCUGCCGGGGUAACACCUGUUGUCAUGCAAGAGGUAUUCACAGGUUCUGGGGGUUAGGACUCGGGCACCUGGGCGGGUAGGCAUUUUGCCAGCCACAAAACUCAAGCUCAGCAUCUUCCCCAUCCCCUCCCCGCCUCCCCAUUUCUGGCCAGUGCCUAAGGUGCAGAACUGGGACUCCUCCUGCCUGGGGCUACCUCUAGACCAGACUACCUCACAGAUUCUCCUGCUGCCUCCCCCCAGUGAGCCUCACCCCCUCUAGAAAACACAGGCUCUUCUCCUUCCUGCCCUUCCCUCCCCUUCUAACCCACCCCCCAUCUGCAGAGCUCUCAAUGUAUUCUUUCUAUUUUAACAUUUUUUAUUGGUCUUGAGAAAGAAACAUCAAUGUGAGAAAGGAACGCCAAGUACCUCCAGCGUGCCCCCCCGCCCCCCCCCCCCCCACGCGCAGGGGAUCAAGCCCCCAACCUGGGCAUGUGCCCUGACCAGGAAUGGAACCAACAGCCCUUCAGUGCACAGGAUGACGCCCAACCAUCUGAGCCACACUGGCCAGGGCCCAGAAUGUAUUUUUAGAGCCGCAAGCUCUCUACACGUUUUUUUGUUUUGUGUUUUUAUUUCCAUGAUAACUAUUCUGAGUCAUCUCUCGGACCGCUUUCUAACCACAGGGUUGCUGUGUGCAUUGUGUCUGGAACCGGACAGGCAAGCAUGCCGGGGUCGCAUGUGCUCAUGAGAAAAUGCCCAGUCUCCCUCCGUCUGCGGAUACAAAGGCAGAACUUGUCUCUCACAGGGAAAAUUUGCAAUGGAAAUCCAGUUUCAUCAAAGAAGCCCUCAGUUUUGAGUCUGUCUAAAUUAAGACACUGGCCAGAGACACAUGUGUGUACCCCCCACAUUGCCACCAAGGCACAGAGGCUGACUCAGUGGGUGAGGGGGGUCCUCAAUGAGUGAGAGCCACGUGAUGUGUGGGCGCAGAUCUCCUGGUUGGGUUGAAUGAAAAGCCAUCGGCCAUUUGUGUCACCCCAGAUGCCAGGGAGUGCAAGGCCGCCCCCUCUCCCAAACCUACCCGAUGACCGUGUAGACACGAGGUGACAGCUUUGUCCCACCAAACCUCACGUGCUGCUUCGUGGGACAGCUGUUGGGAGACGACAGUUUGGGGGAUGGAGGGUGGCCAUGACUGCACAGCACUGUGAGCAUGCUCAGUGACGUUUAAACAUGGUUGAAAGGGGUACAUUUUGUGUCUAUUUUACAGCAAUUAAGAGGUCAUUCUUCACAUUAAAUUAACCAUUUAAUUA